AUGCACGGAUGGUGGUUUGGUUGGUGGCUGCUACUGAUUUUCCACGGUGGUGGUAUUUCUGCGAUGGAUGGUUCAGUGGUGAAGGAGUGGAGGUGGUUCGGUGGCGACGCUGCUCCUGGUAUACAUGUGCUUGCUACGUUUUCGUUCUUUUCUUUCCUCCCUUCCUGUAUAAACAGGGUCAAGGACAGUCUAAGGAAUGACCAAAGAUACGAAUCUGUAAAGCAUGCGGAUAGAGAGGUUUUCUUCAAUGAAUAUCUGUCUGAAUUAAAAGCUGCAGAGGAGGAAGCAGAGCGAGAUGCAAGAGGCAAAAGAGAGGCUGGUGGCUGUACAUAUCUUGGAAACGGCUUUCUCUCGCAUUCUUUACUAUAG